CGCAGCGCAUGCGCAGUAGCGGCACAGUCAGACUUCGCUCGACGACUGUCACAGCUUUUAAAACACCGGCUGCUUCAUCAUCUCCAGCUUACACCUUCAUCAUCAUCAUCAUCACCUUCUUCAUCUCCAGAGUGUCAUCAUGAGUGGAGAUCAUGCACACAAACAGCACCAGAUGCAGUCCGGGUCUGAGGACUACAAUUCACACAAACACAAGGACAAACAUAAACACAGAGAACACAGCCACAAAGACCUCAAGAGAGACGAAGAGCGAGGAAACUUGAAGAACGGGAACAGUGAACACAGAAGCUCUUCUGAGAAGAAGCAUCGAGAGAAAGAGCGGCUUAAGCACAAAGAAAAGCAAAAAGAAGAAAAGUUUCGUAGCUCUGAUGGCAAAUAUCGAGAUCAAGAGAACGGCUUCGUAAGCUCUCUGUCAGUUAAAGUGGAAGAGGACAACGGCUAUCAUCAGCCCAUCAAACAUGAGAAACCUCUCAAGAGAGAGCGGGAGGAAGACGACUAUGAACACAAACCCAAAAAGGUCAAAGUGGACCAUGAGAAGAAAGUGAAAAGACGAAAACAGGAGGACAGUGAUUAUGAGGAGAGGGAGGAAAAGAAACCAAAGAAGAGGACCAAAGAGGUGAAGAAAGACUCCACUGGAGGGAAGAAGAAAGCCAAAAACGAGCCGCAGGAAAAGUGGAAAUGGUGGGAAGAGGAGAAAUACACAGAUGGCUCCAAAUGGAGGUUUCUGGAGCACAAAGGGCCCGUGUUUCCCCCGCCGUAUGAACCACUGCCAGACCGUAUCAGGUUUUAUUAUGAUGGAAAGGCCAUGAAGCUGAGCCCUGGUGCAGAGGAAGUGGCCACGUUUUAUGCAAAAAUGCUUGACCAUGAAUACACAACUAAAGACAUAUUUAGAAAGAACUUCUUUAAAGAUUGGAGGAAGGAAAUGACAUCAGAGGAGAAGUCAAAGAUCACAGAGCUGAAGAAAUGUGACUUCACUGAGAUGCACGAGUACUUUAAAGCACAAUCCGAGGCCAGAAAACAGACGUCGAAAGCGGAGAAACAGAAAAUCAAAGAAGAGAACGAGCGCAUUCUGCAGGAGUACGGAUACUGUGUCAUGGACAACCACAGGGAGCGGAUCGGGAACUUUCGGAUCGAGCCGCCGGGUCUGUUCCGCGGCCGUGGGGAUCAUCCUAAGAUGGGCAAACUGAAACGCCGCAUCCGCCCCGAGGACAUCAUCAUCAACUGCAGCAAAGAUUCGGUCCACCCUAAAGCGCCUCCAGGCAGCAGGUGGAAGGAAGUUCGUCAUGAUAAUAAAGUCACGUGGCUAGUGUCUUGGACGGAGAACAUUCAGGGCUCCAUCAAAUACAUCAUGCUCAACCCCAGCUCCAGAAUCAAGGGAGAGAAGGACUGGCAGAAGUACGAGACGGCGCGGCGGCUGAAGAAGAGUGUGGAGCGCAUCCGAGCGCAGUACCGCGAGGACUGGAGGAGUAAAGAGAUGAGGAUCAGACAGAGAGCCGUCGCUCUGUACUUCAUUGACAAGCUGGCUCUGAGGGCCGGCAAUGAGAAGGACGAGGGAGAGACGGCAGAUACGGUGGGCUGCUGCUCUCUGCGCGUGGAGCACAUCAGACUGCACCCUCAGAUGGACGGACAGGGCUACGUGGUGGAGCUGGACUUCCCAGGAAAAGACUCCAUCCGUUACUACAACAAAGUCCCCGUGGAGAAAAGAGUAUUUAAAAACCUUCAGUUGUUCCUUGAAAACAAGCAGGGGAAAGAUGAUCUGUUUGACCGACUCAAUACAUCAAUUCUGAAUAAACAUCUCCAGGAUUUGAUGGAUGGGUUGACAGCGAAAGUGUUUCGCACUUAUAAUGCGUCCAUUACCCUCCAGCAGCAGCUCAAAGAACUGACCAGCUCUGAUGAUAACAUCCCUGAGAAGAUCCUCUCUUAUAACAGAGCGAAUCGCGCUGUGGCCGUUCUCUGCAACCACCAGAGGGCGCCACCAAAAACCUUUGAGAAAUCCAUGCACAACUUACAGACCAAGAUAGACGAGAAAAAGAAACAGCUCUCUGCUGCCAAGAAGGAACUUAAAGCAGCCAAAGCCGAUGCCAAGACGCUUCGCAAUGAGAAGAGUAAAAAGACGGUGGAGACGAAGAAGAAGGCAGUGCAGAGGAUAUCUGAGCAGCUGAUGAAGCUGGAGGUUCAGGCCACAGAUCGUGAAGAGAAUAAACAGAUUGCAUUAGGCACAUCUAAACUCAACUACCUGGACCCGCGAAUCUCAGUCGCCUGGUGCAAAAAAUGGGGAGUUCCCAUUGAGAAGAUCUACAACAAAACACAGCGAGAAAAGUUUGCCUGGGCUAUUGACAUGACAGAUGAAGACUUUGAGUUUUAAAACUUUUAUUGUUAUUAUUUUGAUGAAUUGUUUAUCAAGAAGAUUUAGCACAAGAUUAUGUAAAAAAUACAGAGCAAGUCAGUAGUUUCUCUCAAAAUGAGGGUCUACAUGAGUUCAGUGGUUAUUUGUUCAAUCCAUACUGCAUUUUUUUUUAAAACAGAAGAGGGCCUGAUACUGAGCCUUGCUGAACACCAUGUGUCUAUUCAAGAAAGGCUGUAGUUGUUUCAUGUCAUUACUAUCCUUUGGUUUUAACCUUCAGAUUUAUUGAUGAAUUUUGUAUUUUCAUAGAAACAAAUAAUGAAAUACUGCAACGCCUGAUAUCCUUUAUGAAAGGAUGUAAAUAAAAAAUGUAAAAUGAGAAAUUCUGUAUAAAACUGAGUUAAAAAAGAAAAAAAAUGUUUUUAGCUGACAUAUAAAUCAGAGGCACCAAUGUCAUGACAAUGCAUUGCAACAAAAUGUGAAUGUAGUCUUUUUAAUUGUUUUAAAGUCUCUAUUAGGGAUGAACCUUUCAUUUUUAACGUGUGCAAAGAAAUUUGUUUUACCAAAAGUAUAUGAUUUUAAAUAUAGCCAUUAUUACUGUUAGUAUUAGUCUGUUUUUAUUUUUAUUUUUUUAUUAUGAAAUUACAUUUUUGAGAAUUUGCUGUGGUAUACCAGUUUCUCACGAAAGGAAAUUAUUUAUGUUGCACGGCACUAGUUACCAGUGUAUAUGAAAACUUGUAUAUGCCAGUUGGUCACUGUUUAAACUAUGAAUCUAUAAAUGAAGAAGUCCAUCGUGUGCACUGUCAAUAGAAAAAUAUGUUUCUGACCACUGUGAUGUAAAUCUAUUAGAUAAUGUACAAUUUAAUUUGAAGUCUUGUACGGUUCUGCUUACAGUUUUUAAAAGCAUAUAAAUGAAAAGCAGCUAAUAUAACAUUUUAUCCAUCUUUCACCCAAGUUUAUAGCACUUUUUUGUGUCUAAACAUACUUUAAAAAGAAAAAAAUUAACUUAAAGAUAUUUUUAUACCAAUUGAGGAAAGGUCCCUUUCUGUAAGACAGCUUUUUUUGUAUAUUUUAAAUGGCUAUAAAUUAAACUGAAGUCAUAUGGUACCUGGUUAGAGCUCAGACAUUGUUGUAAAUGUUAUAUGCAAGAUUAAUAACACAAUUAAACACUCCGUCAUUCUUCUGUAAUUUAUUGGGCAGUAUAACAAUGUGAACUUCAAUGUUGAUUUUGCUUUGCAUCAGUGUAGGACAGGUUACAUAGUCCUUUUGUGAAGGUUAUGUGUUCAGUGUAAUUAUUGACAGUUUAACUGUACAUUAACUCUUAGUGUAAGCCAAAUUUAGUUUAAGGUGGAUUUUUAAGUCCGUUGAUUUAUAUAGACAUUGUUUACAGUAAUUUAAUGACAGAGAAAUGUAUAUGUAAUUUAAAUGACACUGGGUCUUAAACGCGGGAAACUGAAGGGAAUGAAAACAGAAUGCUUGGUACUUGUAUGAAACAAUAUUUGGUUAAAAAAAAAGAAAGAAAGAAAAGGCUACCCUAUGUAUCAAAAGGACAGAUUUACACAUUCCUGAAGAAAUAUGGAAAAACUUCAUCUGAAGAGGGUUUUCCUUAUUUAAGCAUUUGUUUAUUAACAUUAUAUGCCUAGAAUAAAGGUUUUAAGGUCAUA